AUGAUGCUCUCGCUCGACGACAGCCAAGACGCUUUCGUUCUCGAUUGCGUUGCGAACUGGGAUGGUAAGGGCGCGUCGCAACUUCAAAGCACCCUUCUUACUGCAGUUUCCUCCUCGCAAGCUCAUGAGCGAGACUCACACCUCUUGGCCCUCCUCCUCGUCAUCCUCCGUGUCGACUGCCUCUCCUCACAGGCACCAGAAGCCUUUGCAUCACUGCUCUUGAAGCAUGUCAGCGAACAAGUCCAGGAUCCUGAGGCAAACGAGUCUUUAUCCGAUGCACUUCUCGAUUCGAUAUGGAGCAUCGACGUCGAACUUGAUGCACGCAACGACCUAGUAUCAACUCAAACAUCGACAGCCGACUCAACUUCAAUAGCUCUGCGCACCGAGGUCUCGAUACCUCUAGUUGUCGCACGCCAGCGACUUGCGAACCUCGUCAAUGACCUCGUUUCAGCUUCCAUACUUACAGAGGAACAAGUAGGCGAACGUCUGGACCAGAAUCUCCUUGCUCUCAUCGGCCUCAUCCCAAAUGAGGUUUACUUCAACAAACGUUCGAUUCAGCUUCGCACAGCCCGUCUUUUCAAACAGCAAAAGUUCAAUCUGCUUCGUGAAGAGAACGAAGGCUACACUGCCCUCAUCACAGAAGUCGUCACCAACCUUGGUCCUUCCAUUGUUCCUGUUCGAUGCCGCGAGCAGAGUCCAGGCGUUGCUUCGGAUCAGCAUCUUUCUUCAUUGCCCUCCAUCUUUGCAGAUGAUUCGGUUGCCGUCAUCGAACAAGAGCCCCCUACAGUUCGCAAUCACAGAGCGGCACGCGUCAUGAACAAUGUUCAGGCUCUCAUCGGCUACUUUGAUCUCGACGCCAACCGAGUUCUCGACGUCAUUCUCGAUCUCUUCGCUACCCAAGUCAUGCGCCACUACCCAUUCUUUCUUGCUUUGUUAGCACAAUCGCCCUGGGCGAACGCAGAGCCAUCGUUAACACGGCCAUCCUCCUCAUCGGAUGCCAACACUGCAGAUCAAUUUGCCGGUGUUGAUCUCGAUUUAUCGCUCGACACAGGUGACCGCAUUUGCGCCCAGCUGCUCGGCUUCAAGUUCGCUCACUACUGCCACCCUGAGACCAAAGAAUCCACACCCGACGAGCUCUACAUCCUUGCAGCGCUGCUCAUCAACGUUGGACUCGUCCGCUUUGUCGACCUCUACCCGCACCUUUCUCCUGGUGACGAUGGCAUGAACAAGCUACAAACCAAGCACCGUCAAGCCAUGGCUGCCAAAGUCUCCAGCGCUCGAGCCAACGCCCUUUCAAUGGCUGCACCUCUGACGGACGAAUCGGACCCUUCUUCAGCACGCAAAGAAACGGACAAAGCUGCCAAGGAAGCCCCCGCCAAAGAAUUGCCACUCCAGAUUGUAGGCCUUUUGCGCUUCAUGCUUGCACUCGGUGAUCUACGCCACUCUCUUGUUGUGCUCACCCGCUACCCAUGGCUUUGCUCCGCCUUCAACGAGAUCGCCGAUCCAUACAUCAGAUUGCUCAACCUCAUCGUGCAACCUGCGUAUGAAGAAAUCUCCUUCUCGCGGAUGAACCCGCCCUGCGCCAGUCCUACCAUCACCUCGCCCCGACCACGUUGGGACGCAAAGCUACAAUCUGCUCUACCGCCUGCCGUCAAGAACCUUGUCCUCACACGUAAAGUGCCCGAGCCUGCCCCGUCUAUCAACUGCCAGCACAUCUUCUUCUAUUCAGACUGGUCCAAGUCUCUUCCAACAUGUCGAAGCCUUGACGACGUCCUCCGCAUCUUUCUUCCGCUUCUCAAAGUCCUUGGCGUCUGUCUCUGGAGAGACGCGGCACUGUUGCAGAAGGUCUGCCGAUUGACAAAGGUUGGUUUUCGCUUAGCCAGCGUCGCAGCUGCCUCCCAGCCGGCCGCUGAGGACGCUUUCCACGACCUCGAUGAGCCUGCCGAAGAUGUCGAAAGCCAGACCUGGUUUGACAUCUUACGCUUUCACCUCUUGCCAGCUCUCUCGCUUUCGCCGUCCAACUCGGGCAUUGUGGACGAGAUCUGGAUGUUGGUCCGCAACCUGCCGUACCAGAAGCGCUUCGCCUUGUACGGACAAUGGAAGAACGAUCUCUACCAGCUACCGGAGCUUCGUGCCGCCCAAGCCGCAACCGAAAAGGAAGCAAAGGGCAUCCUAAAGAGGAUUAGCAAAGACAACAUCAAGCAAUCCGGACGCAAUCUGGCAAAGGCAUCGCACUCCAACCCGACCAUCUUCUUCACAGUAGCUCUCAACCAGGUGCAGGCGUAUGACAAUCUCAUCCAGCCUUUGGUCGAGUCGGCCAAGUACCUCUCACAAUUCGAGUACGACAUCUUCUCGUUCAACCUCGUAGACGCACUCAGCAAUCCGGAAAAGGAGCGAACCAAGCAGGAUGGAACCAACAUCAGUCUGUGGCUCAAAAGCCUGGCCGCCUUCUGCGGCACCCUCUUUCGUCGCUAUGCCAUGAUGGACUGCACGCCCAUCCUGCAGUACCUCGUCAACCAGCUCAAAGCCAACAACUCGAAGGAUCUCGUCAUCAUGUCCGAGCUCAUCACAAAGAUGUCCGGCAUUGAACCUUUGGCCAACCUUGCCGAUGCUCAGAUCGCUGCGCUCACCGGUGGCCGCAGUUUGCACAUGGAAGCAAUGAUGGCAGCCAACGCGCUCACAGGAAGCAAAGAGCGUCUCGCCUACCGUAGAUCUGGUCAGCGUUUGCUUCACGCGCUUGUAGAAAGCAAGCUGUCUGUACCCUUGCUCAUCCUAGUCGCUCAGCAACGACAGGCCUGCAUCCACCUUGUGCCAGAGAGCGAGGCACACCUCAAGUAUCUCGGCAACCUUUACGAUUCAUGCCAAGAAGUGCUUCUCCAGUAUGUAGAGUUCCUCUUCAACCAUCUCGAAACGGCCGACUACGCCUCUUUGGUGCCUUCACUUCAACAUCUCUGCCUACGCUUUGGCGUCGAGCCUGCUAUGGCCUUCUACAUUGCCAGGCCCAAGCUCGUUCACAGCAUGAAGCAGGUAGAAGCAGCAGAAGCAGCAGAGCGGCUUCGUGCCGAGCUCACAGCAGGUCGUGCCAAAUCAAAGGCUUCAACCGAGGGCAGCGAGUCAAAGAAAGACGGUGCGGAAGAUGGGGCAAAGCCGAAUGGUGGCGACGACGACGUCGAUAUGGAGGAUGCACAGCUUGCAGAAAUCAAAAGUGAGGAGAACAUGGCAACAGAUGACGCUGACAGCAAGGAAGCAAGCGUCGAAGUUGCUGGUGCCGUCAAUGGUGUCCACGAAGGGGCAGAUUCGUUGAAGGCCGCAGGGCCAUGGCACCGUGGCUUGCUCGAUGCGAUCGAGGCCGCCAAGGACAUGCUGCCUGAAGUCGCGCAUUCUUCUCUCGGCGUUCCUUUCUACGUGACCUUCUGGCAACUCAGCUUGGCCGACAUUAGCGUGCCAAUUGAGCGAUAUCAGCAAGAAAUCAAACGACUCAAUGCGCUCAUCCGCGAAACUGCGCCGGAGGAUCAACGCAAGCGGCUCCAGGAUAACGUGGCUCAGCUCAAUGUAGAGAUGAAAGAUCAGAUGAAGUCGCACGAGGUCACGCGCAAGCGACUCGUUGUAGAGAAAGAUCACUGGUUUGCCAACAGUGCCGACCGAAGUACAAUCGUGCAGCAGUUGAUCCAAUUCUGCUUGUUCCCUCGAGCCCUUCUCUCACCAACCGACGCCAUCCUUGCCGGCAAAUUCAUCCGGACUGCUCACAACCUUGGUACACGCAACUUUUCGAGUUUGACCGCAUACGACAAGAUCUUCGUUGAUCACAUCGCUGCAGUGAUCUUUUCAUCAACAGAGAAUGAAGCGCGCAACUACUCGAGAUUCAUGUACACCAUCCUCGCAGAUCUAAGUCCAUGGCAUCGUCAAGCCGAGACGUACGCGAAGGAGGCAAUCGGCCAGAAGCUGCCGGGAUUCCAGAUGCGAUGGCAAGAUCGCCAUGGUGGCGAGGAGAUUCCGCAAGGCGACCUCUUGACAUGGGAUCAGUUCCGACUCAUCUUUUGCAAGUGGCAAGACUGUCUCCAGCGUGCAUUCAAGGCAUGCCUCUCAUCCAAGGAGUACAUGCGCAUUCGUAACACGAUCAUUGUGAUGACGCGCAUCUCGCCGUUCUACCCUUUGAUUGAUACGCACGGUGCCGAGAUCAGCGCCGUUGUGGGAUCACUAGCUGCGAACGAGCAGCGCGGAGAUCUCAAGAUCCUCGCCCAAGGCCUACUCGCAACUUUGAAAGCUCGCAAGAAAUCUUGGAUACCGAUGCACCAGGCCCGUAAGGUCGCCAAUCCGCCGGCGAGCCAGACCGCCACAAAAGAUUCUGCUUCUGGAGGGGAAGCAGAGAAAACAAUCGCUGAUGUCUUGGGUGGCAAGAAAGAACCUCAGGAGGUGAGAGACAAAGAAAAACGACCGGAGCCUGCAAUUGCCACGAAUACUGGAGACGCGAAGAGCGAAGCUGAUUCGAAGACCGGUCCUGCGGCACCUUCAACGAAUGGCAGCAAAGGAGACAAACCAUCAGACAAGACUUCGACCUCUGCACCUUCCGGACCCCGUGCCUCAGUCCCUCCGACAGGGUCGAGCUCGCGGGGAGGCAAUGCUACAAAAUUGCCCCCCAACGCCAACCUUCCCUCUCGUCCUGGCCUUCCAUCGCAGAAGGGUCCUCCGACCGAGCCCAAGGAUCGCCGAACUGGACCCGCCAGUAGCACGUCAGGCAACGACAAUCGUCGCACAGAUGAUCGAAACAACACUAGAGUGGACGAGCGUGCAACAUCAGACCGUAGCCAGGCCGCACCGCCAUCUGGACCCCGAGGUGAUGCGCAACGUGAGAACGGGCUUCCCACUCGCCCGAGUCGAGAUUCUGUAUCAGUCAGCGAUCAUAAUCGCGGAACAAAUGGAGAUCGACGCACUCCCGCGCAGAGCACCCGUGACGCAGCUGAUUCGAAAGCUACGGCGCCUCGCCAAGCUGGGUCAGAUACCAUGAUCCCGCCCAGCGGACCUGCCAGCUCAGCACAGGCUGCGCGCAAUCGUGCCGAGCGUGACAGGACCGAACGCUCUUCCUCUGCUUCACUUCCCGCCAACAGUGGCAAAGACAAGGACGUGCGAGACCGAGAGCGUGAUCGUGAUCGCGAUCGCAACGAGCGUCCAAGCGACCGGGACAAGACGCGCACUACGGAGCGAGAACGCGAACGCGAGCGAGAUCGUGAUCGUGACCGACGUGACCGCGAUCGGUCAGCUCGAGAUCGCGAUCGUGAACGAGAGAAGGAGCGCAACCGCGAACGCGAACGAGAACGAGAACGAGAGAAGGAAGUCCGAGACCGAGAACGUGCACGAGAUCGAGAAAGAGAACAAUUAGGCAACGGACGGGAUCGUGAUUGCGAUCGCGACGACAAGAAGCGAGGCAACAGUGGGAGUGCACAAGUGAGUCGCAAUGCUACGCCUGUGCGCGAAGUUGGCGAGACUAGUCGAACAAGUGGCUCCACUACACCACUCGGUCCGCGCCGUGAUCGUGAAGCACAACAACAUCUUCGUGAACGGGAUUCUGCUGCUGCCACGCCAACUUCAGCUCGAUCCACUCCUGGUGUUGGCGCCGGUGGGGGAAACGAAGAAAUUAGUAUCCGCGGAGGCGCAGAGCAACAGAGGAAGCGCACCCUGGUCGAUCGUCUUGGCGGAUCCUCAGCUGCUUCUCCGGGCGGCGCAUCGCCAGGUGGUCGUGCCAAUGGCGCUGAAGCCACGGCUGCAGCAGCCUGGGAGACUGAAGAUUCAGCAAAGCGAAUCAAGAUCGAUCGCAACCAAAAGUACGCACCUGCCGGUCCUCCUAUCUCAGCCAUUCCCGAGGGACCAAGGUCAGACAGGAGGCAGCAGCAACCCUCAUCGUCACGCAACUCAUUCGGCGGAGGUCGCCGUGAUGGCAGAGAUCAACGUCGAGACCGUUCCGCUCGUCGAGCUGGUAACGAAUAA